CCAACACUGAUGUAUGAGGAAAUGUAAACGCAAAGAAGAUAAACAAAAACAGAGAAUUAUACAGACAGAAGAGCGGAGGAGCACGUGCUAAGUGAAUUUUGAAUAAUUCUCCAUAUAUUAAAUCUUUAAAAUUUAAUGAAAACAUGGGCUUAACAAAACAAUAUUUGGCCUAUAGGCCCGUAGAUAGCUUUAAUAUAAUAACGAGCGCUCGUACGAAUGUGAACUUUGUUGUUUACAAUGGCAUUGAAGGGCGCUAUGUCCUGACAGGAGCGGCAGAAAAUGCUAUUGUGUGGGAUUUAAGGUUGGGUGAACGUGUGGCUACCUUUCGGCGUGACAAAAUAGAAGUAACAGCAUUACGCUCUUCACCAGAUAAUACGCAUAUUUCAAUUGGCUACGCAGAUGGUGUGGUUGAAGUGUUCGAUUUAAACUCGCCAUUGCAAGCAAUUUGUUCACUAGCUGUGCAUAAAAGUGCUGUGUCCAUUAUACGAUACGAUAAUGAAGGAAUGCGUUUAGUGUCUGGUGGUUUAGACACUGAAUUAGUAGUGGUUGACAUAGUCGAACAAGCAGGUAAACAGCGCUUAACUGGACACAAUGCUUCCAUUACAGACGGUCACUUUCUGCAAGUAUUUGGUCAACAAAACAUUGUAAUAAGCAGUUCGAAAGAUACACAGAUAAAGUUUUGGAAUCUGGACACGCAGUUUUGUUUUAAAACCAUUGUAGAUAAUCGAACUGAAGUGUGGGCUCUUGCAUUUGUUGGUACGCUUAUGGUAGCUGGUUGCGGUGAAAGUAGCAUGAAUGUAUAUCGAUUAAAACAACACGAUGUAGAAUCACAGCCUUUGGAAAGAGCUGUAGAAGGCUUAUCAAUCGAUGAUGAAGACACUAUUAGUCCUAUUUCAGUAUCUAAUUGUGGUGUUAUACAGCGUGCUGGCAAAGGACGUACAGUUAGCUUAGUAACUGAUAUGAGCGAGCGUGUUAUUAGUUGUCACGGUACUAAUGAUUUAAUUGAAAGUUUUUAUAUUUGUACCGAUGAUGAAGCUAAAAAGCGUUUGGCUAAACGUUUAAAAAAGGCAAAUAAAUCAGCAGAUAAUAUACAAUCGCAAGAAGUAAGUUUAAGCGAUGAAAUUAAACGUUUAGAGAGCAUUAAAGUAAAGCAAAAAAUAAAAUCAAUUGACGUGAUAUUGGGUAGUAAUAACGAAUUACGUGUGGCUGUCAGUUUAGCAAAUAACAGUUUACAACUGUAUAGUUUGAAUGUGCUUUUAAAUCAAAAGAAAAAUAUAAAAGAAAAUUAUAAACUUCUGCGUUCUCUAACACGUGCUGGACAUCAAUCCGAGAUACGCACAGUUUGUUUUAGUUCAGAUUCUUUAGCUAUUGGAUCUGGUGCGGCAGAAUCAUUUAAGUUUUGGAAUCGAGAGACGAUGCAAUGUUUACGAACAGUCACUUCAGAUUAUAUACUUUGCGCUACUUUUGUGCCUGGCGAUCGCUAUGCACUCCUUGGUAUGAAAACGGGGAAGCUGUUGAUAGUUGAUGUAGGUACCGCUAAAAAUGGCAAUAACACCAAACAAAUUGAAGAUUUCGAAGUAACCCCAAAUCCAUUAGUAACAACUGCCUUCACAAGUAACAGAGAUUUUUCCAUAUUUGAAAUAUCUUUCUUUUGGUAUAAAGUUCUAGGUGGUUUAAUUGUUUGGGUUGUGGCAAUUCCUUUAAGCUACUUUUGGAAAAGAGAUAAAUAUGAAAAAAUUAAUCCUAAACUAUUUACACCAAUUGUACGUAAAUUCAUUAAAUUCGACACUAUAGAAAUGGAAGAAAUGCCUUUAAAAUCUCCGAUUCUAAAUGGCGAAAAUAAUGCAACAAUAAUUAUGAGCAACGCUAAAAAUGGAGGCAUCGAUAAAGCGCAGCAUCAAAAACAAAAUGGCGCCAAUGGAGAUGUCUAA